AUGCAGGCGUGGGCGGAGCUUAGGCAGUGCAGUGGGAAUCACCUGGUGACGUCAUCCCCUCUCGCUCGCAAAAGAAGUCAAUGGAGAUUCGGACCCGGAGGACGGAGAGACGACGGUGACGGCCUCCCAGCCGCUAAAGGGCCGACGGGAAUCCUGCUGGCCAUCGGGGGAUGGAGCUGCGACUGUCCCACCAAAAUAAUUGAGGCAUAUGAUUCAAAUGCAGACAGCUGGGUUAGACUCCCUCUACAGGACGAGCAUCCAAGAGCCUAUCAUGGCACAGCUGUCCUGAAUGAGGAUGUCUACUGUGUUGGUGGUUUUGACGGAGUACAGUAUUUUAACAGUGUUAGGAAACUCAAUCUAACCACUCAAACUUGGCAUGAGGUGGGUCCCAUGUAUGAACGGCGAUGCUAUGUUAGUGUUGCUGUUCUGGAUGGGCUCAUUUAUGCCAUGGGUGGCUGUGAUGGGUAUGAACGUCUAAAUUCAGUCGAACGCUACAAGCCAGAAACCAACCAGUGGACAAGGACCGCACCCAUGAUUGAGCGGAGGAGUGACGCCAGCGCCACCUCACUACAGGGCAGGAUUUAUAUCUGCGGUGGCUAUACUGGGAGAGAGUGUCUCUUCUCUGCCGAGAGUUUUCACCCUGAGACCAAUCAAUGGACUCUAAUCGCUCCAAUGAGAAGCCGUCGCGUCGGUCUUGGUGUCAUUGCUUAUGGGGGUCUAGUCUAUGCUGUCGGUGGUUAUGACGGUUCUGCAGGUGGCAGUCGUCUGUGGAGUGCAGAAGCAUACAACCCGCAAAGAAACAUCUGGUGUGAUAUUGCUUCCAUGCACAGUCCACGCAGCAACUUUGGCAUUGGGGUUGUGGAUCAUCAGUUGUUUGCUGUCGGAGGGUACGUUGGGUUUAUCCAAACAUCUGAUGUGGAGCGCUACAAUGAGAGGACAAAUGAGUGGUCUCCUGCCAGUGGAAUGAGCAUUAUGUGCAGUGGUCUGAGUUGCUGUGUAGUACCACGAUUAUCUAACACACAGCACAGCCUACAUUCCCACCGUCAUUAA